AUGAGUAGCCCGCAUACUCCAAAACGAGAUAUCAAGAACCACGUUCUAUUUGAAAUUGCAACCGAAGUUGCAAACCGGGUUGGUGGAAUAUACUCUGUCCUGAAGUCCAAGGCGCCGGUUACGACAGCAGAGUAUGGCGAAAGAUACACACUCAUCGGCCCUCUGAAUCGCUCAUCGGUCGAGGUCGAAGUCGAGGAACUUACCCCAACCGAUCCUCAUAUUGCCGCCACAAUUGCCUCUAUGAAAGAACGGGGAGUUGAUAUGAUCUAUGGGCGGUGGCUUAUCGAGGGAGCGCCGAGAGUAGUCCUAAUUGACACGGGUGCGGGAUACAAAUACCUGGACGAGUGGAAGGGUGAUCUUUGGAAUGCGGCCGGAAUCCCGUCUCCUGCGGAGGAUAGUGAGUCGAAUGAAGCUAUCGUUUUUGGCUAUUUAGUAGCUUGGUUCCUUGGUGAGUAUAUCUCCAGAGAUAGAACUCGAGCUGUUGUCGCGCAUUUCCACGAGUGGCUAGCCGGUAUUGCCCUUCCCUUAACCAAGAAGCGGCAUAUGGACGUCACAACCAUUUUCACGACCCAUGCAACACUCCUAGGUAGAUAUCUGUGCGCCGGAUCUGUCGAUUUUUAUAACAACCUACAAUACUUCGACGUUGACGCUGAAGCCGGGAAAAGAGGGAUCUACCAUCGAUACUGCAUUGAACGCGCUGCUGCGCAUUCGGCAGAUGUGUUCACAACGGUGUCACACAUCACAGCGUUCGAGAGCGAGCAUCUUCUGAAACGGAAGCCCGAUGGUGUUUUGCCCAACGGACUUAACGUGAAGAAGUUUGCUGCAGUUCACGAGUUCCAAAAUCUUCAUUCCCAUGCCAAAGACAAGAUCAAUGACUUUGUCCGUGGUCAUUUCUAUGGACACAACGACUUUGAUCUCGAUAAUACUCUAUACUUCUUCAUUGCAGGUCGUUAUGAGUAUCGGAACAAGGGGGUGGAUAUGUUUAUCGAAUCUCUCGCGAGACUGAAUCAUCAACUCAAAACAUCUGGCUUAACUACUACUGUAGUCGCAUUCAUUAUCAUGCCCGCACAGACAUCGUCGCUCACAGUUGAGGCCCUCAAAGGCCAAGCCGUUGUGAAAUCUCUUCGCGACACACUAGAAAUGGUUGAGCAGGGAAUUGGGAAGCGGCUAUUCGAGCGUUGUUUGAGUUGGAAGGAAGGAGACAAUAUGCCCGAUGAAAAGGAUUUAAUCACAAACCAGGACCGUGUACUCCUGCGCCGUCGACUCUUCGCAAUGAAGCGGCAUCAGCUUCCACCCAUCGUGACACAUAACAUGAUAAAUGACGCAGAAGACCCAGUGCUGAACCAGCUGCGCCGUGUCCAACUCUUCAACCACCCGUCCGAUCGUGUCAAGGUGGUUUUCCACCCGGAAUUUCUCAAUUCGUCAAACCCAGUUUUGCCCCUCGAUUACGACGAUUUUGUCCGCGGGACAAAUCUAGGCGUUUUCCCAUCCUACUAUGAGCCGUGGGGGUACACCCCUGCGGAGUGCACGGUUAUGGGGAUACCCAGCAUAACCACUAACCUCUCCGGAUUCGGAUGCUACAUGGAGGAACUCAUAGAAAACUCGUCGGAUUACGGAAUAUACAUUGUCGACCGGCGCAUGAAGGGUGUGGAUGAAUCCGUGAACCAGCUGACGAACUUUAUGUUUGAAUUUGCGUGCAAAAGCCGACGGCAACGUAUCAAUCAGCGCAAUCGGACGGAGCGGCUAAGUGAUUUGCUCGACUGGAAGAGGAUGGGCAUGGAGUAUGUCAAAGCGCGGCAGCUGGCGCUCCGAAGAGCGUAUCCGUCCUCCUUUGACCCCGCGGAGGACUUCAGCGAUAUCAUUGGAGGAACCGAGCAGAAGAUAUCCCGCCCGUUCUCUGUACCCGGUUCUCCUCGCGAUCGAACGGGAAUGAUGACCCCUGGUGACUUUGGGUCGUUGCAGGAGGGUCGCGAGGGUCUGAGUACGGAAGAUUAUAUUGCCUGGAAGCUACCUGAGGAGGAAGAUGCGGACGAAUAUCCGUUCCCACUUACGUUGCGAAAGAAAGCUACUACGGUUAUCCCUCCGCACUCCCCAGAGAGAGAGGUAACGGCCAACGGUGACGUGUAG